AUGAUUUUUGAAAUAUUCAAUUGUUCACCACUUUGUUGUUCAAACAAAACAUUUAAAAACCAAAAACUAAAAAACAAAAAAUCUACAACAACAUUAAAUGAUUAUCUUCAACGUUCUUCCAAUUUAAAUAAAAAAUAUUCAAAUUUUGAGAGAAAUGAUUGGAAAAAAUAUUGUGGAAUUAAAUUACAUGUUUUGGAAGCAACCAAAAUAAUUUCAAUUUUUGGAUGUUUAUUUGCUUUUUUCCCUUUAUUUUUAUUUAAAUUUUCUUUAUUUGAUAUAAAUUAUUUUAAUUUGUUAAUUAAUUGUUUAACUGUAUUUUUGGCUAAUGGAAGUUUGUUUUUGGCAAUUAAACAACGAAAAGCAAUCCUUUGUUUACCUUUUCUUUUAAUUAACGUAAAUUAUUUUAAUUAUUUUGGGCGCUCUCUAAUUUAG